AAGGCGGUGGAUCAUAUCUAGCAUACACUUUAAAAUCGUAGCUGGUGUUUAAUCAGAUCACAGCUUCAGCUGCAGGCUACACUUGCUCUGCCUUCAGAGGCUCUACCAGCUGCAGAAGUUCUGUACCCUCACACCAGGAUCACAGAGCCUUUUUGUUUUACAGGCGAUAACUCUGUCAAAUAAACGGACAGCCACUUGCUGCCCGAAUCCGCGUGAAACUAGGAGGGAUCAGGAGGAAACAGCUCUCAGCUCCCUCCCUCAGAGCCAAGGAGAGAGCGCUGCUGACUCAGGACUCUCCUCAGCGGACUGAAGCGGCUGCAGAGACGUGAACGAGGCACAGCUAUGUUGGGCGUCCUCGUCCUUCUGUCCCUCACCUCCCUGGUGGCCCUGGUGCCUCCUCCCACUGCUCCUCCUGUCCCCUGCAGGCGCUGCUGUGAUCACCUGGAGCCAGCAGAGGGCAGCGGAGCCCAGCCUCCCACCUUAGGAUUCAGUCAUGUGCCGGAGGUCCGCACAUACAUCAACAUGACCAUCCUCAAAGGUGACAAAGGAGAACGUGGCGACAGAGGAACACCUGGUAAAGCUGGACUUGAAGGCCCUCCAGGCUCCAGAGGUCCCAUGGGCUCCAAAGGCACUAAGGGCCAGGCGGGUCCUCCCGGAGACCCCUGCAAAUUCCAGUACUCCGCCUUCUCCGUCGGCCGUCACAAAUCCCUCCACAGCCUGGAGUCCUACCAGGCGCUCGUGUUUGACACAGUGUUCGUCAACAUGGACGACCACUUCGACAUGUUCAAGGGGAAAUUCAUCUGCCACGUCCCGGGGAUCUACUUCUUCAACAUCAACAUUCACACGUGGAACUUCAAAGAGACGUACCUACACAUCAUGCAGAACGACAAGGAGCAGGCCAUCGUGUACGCCCAGCCCAGCGACCGCUCCAUCAUGCAGAGCCAGAGCCUGAUGCUGGGGCUGGAGCUGGGCGACGAGGUGUGGAUCCGCCUGUACAAGAGGGAGAGGGAGAACGCAAUUUACAGCAAUGACGUGGACGUCUAUAUCACUUUCAAUGGGUACCUCGUCAAAGCUAGCGUAGAGGGAAAAUGAGUAAGAGAGGGAAGGCAAGGCUGAGGUCAGCUGUGUGGAAAGCAAACAUACUGAACUGACCUGGAGUCAGAACUCAGUUCACUGUCCUUUUAUAUGUAGAUUUUAAAGAAGGCUUCAGCAUGCUCCACCAUGCUGCUGGAGGAUGAGCAACACCUCUGAGAGUAUGUGAAGAAAUAAACUGAGUCCAGUCAGAGCCCCAGUAUUUUUUUUGAAAGUAUCUGUAUUACAUUCAUUUUCUUCACACUGCAUACAGGCCACAACAGUAAAAGAAGUUCCACAGGGUUUCAUUAGAGGAACAGUUCAACAUUUUGGGAAUUAUGCUAACUUGUUUUCUUGCUGAGAGUUAGAUAAGGAGAUUGAUGACCACUCUUGCAUCUGUAUGGUAUAUUUGUAUCUGGAACCACCGGUUUAGCGAACUUUAGCUUAGCACAAAGCCUGGAAAUUGGGAAACAAAACAAAACAAAAUCUGCCUCCAACACUUCUAAAGCUCAAAAAUUAGUACGUUAUGUUUUGUUUCAAGUACAGACUUGACAUUUGUUCACUUGGGUUUUGUACAAAUUAAACAAACAAAAAUAACAUGCUAAUUGGUGAGAUUUAACUUGGGGUUUUUUGGGAGGCAUUUCUGCUUAAUUUAGAGAGUGACGGCUGGAGAGGGACAGGAAGGACGGGAGCGAUGCAUGAUGACAUGCUGGUACUACAUGGCACAAGCUUUGUCAUGUGGCCCAGUUGCUGGGAUUUAGAGGUGCUGGUUUGCAAAUUUUAUAACUGUCAUACAGAGCCAGACUUCCACACUUCGUGCUAAGCUAAGCUAACUGGCUGCUAGAUGUAGUGUGAUGGCAUGAGAGUGGUUUCAUUCUCAACUAGCUCUCAAUAAAAAAGUGAAUAAGUGUAUUUCACAAAAUGUCAAAUAAGAGCUGCUAAUGUUGCCUCGUUAAGAUUUACCCCACAGAGUACUAAGAUUAUUGAUUUAGAUUUUUUAAAAAAGGCUUAAUUUGUAAUGUGCUAUAUUUUAAUGACAGAAAAUUCAAAUUGAAAGAUGGCUGAUAGUAUUCUCACUCUGUAAUGAAGAAACAUAACAAUGGUUAAUGCAAUAGGAUAUAUCUUUCACCGGUAAUGUGGACUGUUACUGAGUUUCAUGUGUGGUGCUAAUAACACGGUGCUAACAAAACUUCACGUGUAUGAACCUUCAGUUUGGGUUUGUGAAGCAGCAGGAAGCAAAACGUUCUCUCCCACUAAGAUGUAAUGUCUUUGAUUGACUUGAUAUUUUUUGAUUGAAUUGUGUUUUGCUUUUCAAGUGCACUUGAAUAUUUUGUGCUAAACAUGUUUGACAGAAGGUGCUGAUUAUUCUCUCUCUCCCUGUUAGCAUCAUGUAAAUAUAAAGUGAAUGAAUAUGAACUGUGCAUUGUGCAGAAACUGGAGGCCCGAAUGCAACAUAAAGCAGUAACAGGUUGUAAGUAUAUUGACCGGUAGCAUUAGUAUAUCCGCCUUGACGUCUUGCUUUUAUGUAGUUCCUCAGUGUGACCACUGGAGGGAAGUGAACACUGAUCAUCGGUUCCAGCAGGAUAAAAGCAGAAACCAAAAACGCUUGUUAUUAAUGUAGUCACUCCAAGUUUAUUGUACUCUUAUUUGUAGUAAUAACACUAACAUACUAUAUUUGCACAUGGUUUUACCAAUAACGAUUAUACCGCCAUUAACUUUGUUGUUGAGCUGUAAGUUGAAUAUAGUUCCUCACUGUGACCGCUAGAGGGCAGCGUACGCUCUCGAGUUACACUUCUCGUACAAUUCUCCAAAAAUAAAACA